AUGGCUUCUGAACCUGAGAAUGGGAAAGAGAAUGAAGUUACUGAGAAUACACCUCUGAUACAUUCUCACCAGCAUCAUAUCCCACCAGCAGCAAAUGUCGCCCAAGAAAGAAUUCCUUACAGCGAUUAUUACACUAUCGACUGGCUUCAAGACCUUGUGAAAGAUGGUCAAACGCGCAGUAUUUCCAGUCCGAGUUCCCGCCGUGGAAUCCGCUCCCGCACAGCUGAAAUCUGGGACGCCUCACAGGGGUGGCUCGCAGCAUUUGUCGUUGGCCUUCUCACAGCAUCUAUCGCAGCUGUUGUAGAUGUCAGCGUUGAGACAGUAGCGGAUUGGAAAGACGGAUAUUGUACCACCAACGUUGUUCUUAGCCGUCGAGCAUGCUGCGCUUUUGAAGAGACUUGCAAGGACUGGAAACCAUGGACGGAGAGCUACAUUUCUGCAUACACCAUCUACGUGGGUAUGUCAUUGGCAUUUGGCAUCAUCGCUGGAAGUGUCACCAUGACCACAAAGUCAACCCUUACUUGUGUUGCUCCCGAGAACGAAAACUCGGACAUGACAAGUUCAGACCAGGCUCGAAGACCUGGCGGAAAGACCAUGUACAUGGCAGCAGGAAGUGGCAUACCCGAGAUCAAAACAGUCCUCUCAGGCUUCUCUAUUCCUCAUCUCUUCGACCUCAAAGUCCUCAUCGUCAAAGCUGUUGGAGCAACCUUUGCCGUCGCAACUGGAAUGUGCCUAGGAAAAGAAGGACCAUUUGUACACAUUUCAGCUUGCGUCGGAUACCUCGUUACCAUGUGUAUUCCUAAAUACGCCACCAAUCAGAGGAAGUUGAGGGAGAUGCUCAGCGUAGCUUGCUCAGCUGGAUUAUCUGUUGCUUUUGGUGCUCCCAUUGGCGGCGUUCUGUUCAGCUACGAGGAGAUCAGCACUUAUUUCCCUCGUCGAGUCCUUUGGCGCAAUUGUCUUUGCUCUGUUGUAGCUGCGGCUGUUCUAAAGGAACUCAACCCAACCGGAACCGGCAAACUUGUUCUUUUCGAGACGAAUUACGGUGUCAACUACGAUGCUCUUCACUAUCUCGUCUUUGUGAUCCUUGGGAUCUGCGGUGGUGUUUUUGGUGGAGUUUUCUGCCAAGCCAACUUCCUCUGGGCCAAGUCCUUCCGAAAGAUAUCUAUCAUCAAGAAUAGUCCUGUCUUUGAGUUGGCACUUGUCGCACUAGUCACUGCUGUGCUUCAGUUUCCCAACGUUUUGAUUAGAGAAACUGGAGAUAUUGUCAUGCAGCGACUGCUGGUUGACUGCAAUGAUAUCCAAGAGGACUGGAUCUGUCAACAGGAAGCCAAAAUUACCGGCAAGGGAACAUACUACGCAUGGCUCAUCUCUGGGACAUUCGUCAAGCUGUUUCUGACAACUAUCACCUUUGGCUGCAAGGUCCCGUCUGGUAUCAUCAUCCCUGCAAUGGACGCCGGUGCUCUGUUCGGUCGUAUGGUUGGCCAGCUUGUUCCCAACAUCUCACCGGGUAUCUUCGCCAUGGUUGGGUCAGCCGCGUUCCUGGCUGGAGUCAGCAGAAUGACUGUCAGUUUGGCAGUUAUUAUGUUUGAACUCACAGGAGAGGUUAAUUUCAUCCCUCCGUUCAUGAUUGCCAUCUUGACUGCCAAAUGGGUAGCUGAUGCGAUCAGCGUUGAUGGCGUUUAUGACCUCGCUCAGCAUCUGCAGGGACACCCAUUCCUGGACGCUGAGGCUGCGAUCAGAAAAGUCAGAGAAAUUCGAAAUAAUGAAGGUAGUGCGACUGUGGAUAUGCUCAUUCCCUCAAAGGAUGCAGUCGACAACUCGAUUGUAUGUGUUGGACCCAACCAUCGAGUCACUACUUCACUUCUUCAAAGUAAACUGUCUAUUCUUCAGAACAAAGGCUUGGCCGACUCGGGACUGGUAUUCGUCAACGAAUCAGGGAUCUGUCACGGAUGUAUCUCACAACACAAGCUAGAAACUAUACUUCAUUUGAUCGAGAAGACAGAUGGUAUGAACGAUUCUUCCGAGGUGGACAUUCUCGAACCAAGUCUGGCGGGCGCCAUCGACAGAAGCCCAAUGACUGUUCCAUCAAAGGCACCCUUGGAGUAUGCAGUAGAACUGUUUGGGAAGUUAGGCAACGCUUGUUUAGUUGUGAUUCAGGAGGAUACAGCCAGGGUGUUGGGUGUCGUCUCAAGAAGAGAAUUGGUCGCGUUCUUUGGUAGAGUCAACUAG